AUGACAGAAAAGGUUACCAUUGCCCAUAUCCAACAUAACUUUGUUGAUGUCAUUGAAGAUGUAAGAGAUUCGUCUCCAACUGAUAACACAUUCUUUAUCAAUGUCAAUAGUUCGCCCAAUGAAAUCACCGAACAUGUAAUCACAGUAGAGAAAUUAGAACCUUUCUUCAGUUGCUCACCGGAUGACCAAUUUAAGAAAUUGAACAUAAACAAAUAUGAAGCUACCCUAAAUGGAGAAACGUUUAGAUUCAAUACAAGUGUCAAGGACUGGACAACUGCCAAUUCUAAUACCAGUUGGAGCGCUGUUGAUGUUAUCCAAACCCCUCAGAUGAGAUAUCUAUUAGGUGACUCGGUAGGAAAUAUUAAAGUGUUCGAUGAAAAUUAUGAUCUGGAGAGAGAGUUUGAAAAUAUCCAUUCUAGUGAUAUCACUUCUGCCAAAUUCUUCCCAAGCGCUGAAGUAAUAUUAUCAGCAUCUUCGGAUAUGCAACUUAAGAUAUUAUCUGUUGAAGAUGGUUCAAAUCCAAGAACUUUUGCAGGACAUACAUCAACUGUCACUGGAUCAGUAAUAGUGGGCCGAGGAAGAAACGUAUUAUCUUCGUCAAAAGAUGGUACAAUACGUCUAUGGGAAUGUGGAUCGGGAAGUAACAUUCAUUCAUUUACAAGAAGAGAAAAUCCCUCUGAUAGUGUCAAUUCGAUAAGUUUAAGAUCUGAAUCAGGUUCUAAUUCUACGAUGGAAACAAGCGAUAAAAAUUUAGAAUAUGAGACAGAAGGAAAGACAAUAUUUGGUGGACAUACAUCUGGAGUCGUGACAGUCUUUGAUAUAUUUUCAAAAAAACAAUUAUUACAGUUACCAAGUGAAUUUAUGUCUUCUUGCACUUCGGUGAGUGCAGAUCCUAAGGAGUUCAACCAUGUUGUAGCUGGUUAUGAGAAUGGAACUGUUGCUAUAUGGGAUAUUAGAUAUCCAAAUAGCUGUGUAUCUAAAGCUAUUAUUAAAGACAGGACACCUAUCAAUAAACUAUUAUUCCAGAAUGGCAUGAUAAUAACAUCUACAGGUUGCGAUACAAGUUUGUCUAUGGACAUUGCUCCUGAUUCAAAGAAAAUUAACACAAACAUUCCAACUUUUUUUGUAUCAGAUGGUGCAGAUGUUUCAGACUUUGCUUCUUUUACAGACCAGAAGGGUAUUCAUAAUCUAAUUGCAGUCGGUAGGUUUGGAUAUUGUGCAGGAUACGAGCUUUAA